AAAAUGCCCCUUACUUUCUCCAUCGACAGCUCUAUCCCAGGAAGCCACAAAGCCAGCUAGCACCACCAUGAUUUUGCCUCCCUCUCGAACAGUUCCAUAGCGAGUGUGUCCCCUUGUUGGCGACGUUGGAUAUGGAAGUGAGGGGUCAGAGGAGGAGCAUGCUGCCCAUCUCCGCCGGAUCUGGACUCCCCUCUGCGGUGACCUCUCUCCCCAGGCGGCAGCGUUCGGAUCAGCCCCUCAGCAGACGUGAGGCGCGAGCCAUCGGCAGAGGGCUCCAUGGCGGCGGUGUCCUGGCCUCCUAGGGGUCGGCGGAGUGGCCUCGGUGACGGCGUAUCUUGUGCCGCUGGCACUCACCUCUCCCUCGCCAUCUUCCUAGCCUCCGCCACCACUGCCCCUCCUCGUCGGACGACGAGCUUGAUGGUGGCGGCGCAAGAGCAAGCCAGGGUCAGUCGUUCCUUACACCCCUUGCCUUUGCCCCCCACUCGCCAGAUGGCGAGCUAGAUGGUGCCGGCGCCCCUGCUCUCCUUUCUUGGCCGGCCAUGAGGUGGGGUGGCAGAUUGGAAGAAGGGGGCGACAACCUCGACGACGGCUGCACACAUCAGCGGUGGAGCGGAUCUAGAGUGGCCACGGGACAGUAUAGCGAUAUUGGAACCAAGGACUAUACAUCUAAAUUAUCAGUGUACUGAGGUUCAUGAUAGUGCUCUGCUGAAGAAUGUGGAGAUUAUUGCAAAAAGACUCACUAAUGCAUCCGUGAUUUAAGGUACUUCUGGUAGCAUUGGAGUCUAUAAAAUUUCCCUACACAUCUUUGAUUUAAAAUAUUUUGCUUUAUGCAUGUGUAUAGAAUUGGAGCCUUUCUCAACAAUAAUAUAAGCUUAUGAACAUGAAAUUCUGAAAGAUCAUCAAGAUAUAUCUUUCUUAAUCUAAAGAGUUAUGAUGAUCAGGUCAAUUUUUUUUUCAGAAUUAAGUUUAGUUGCAUGGCUAAAUUGGAACCUAUUGUACUUGCUAUGCCCCGUUGUAAUGCUUUGGAAUUUUUAAGAGCUCCAUACUGAUGUCUGCUGAUCUGGAUUGGUAUAAGUGUUGGCUAUGACAUUGUUUUCAGGCAAUUGGCAAUGUCGUGCUGCAUUGUGAACCUUCUUCUUAUCACCCUUUGAUGGGUUGGAGGUAUAGAAUCGAGAUGAUUGCCAAAAAUAUUCCGGUAAUUACUGCCAAUAAAUAAGAAUAAAAGCAGAGCGGACAUAAGGUAAAAAGAAAGCAGAAAGACAUUCAUCUAGUCGUGUUGUAUUUACUUGGUUUUUAGAGCAUGAUAAACAUUAAGGUUCUUAGAGCAUGAUAAAAAAUUGCAAUAAUUAAACGAUGGUUCAUCUGUCUGCACAGUUAAUGUUUUUCUGCAUAAAAUUGCUCUUGCUGCAAUUACCAAUACUUUUUCUUUCUUCUAGUAAUAUAUAAAGCCACUUAAAAAAGAGAUUUUCAUGUUUGGGUUUGCAACUCCUAGAUUUUGUGGUGGUAUGUUAUGAAAAUAGCCGCUGAGCAACUGAAAUGAAAAUAUGCCUGUUGCUAACUUGCUAUAUGUUUCUGCAUGGACAGAAAAAAGACCUUGGGUAGUUUUAUUCAAUAUUAAUCUUAUAAAUCUAAUGAAAUUGAAAUUGCAUUCAGGGUUGAGUUCAUUGAUAACCUGGAAUCGACAUUAAUUGGAGGUGGCUUGACAUCCUAGAGGAAGAAGAGCCUUGUGAUCUAUAUCUUCUUGUGCGCUUCUAUUAUUUGUAUUGCCUGUAAUCAUAUUUGUGUAUUUUGUCCUGCGAGAAAAAUCUAUAAAAUCACGUUAGUGGGAGUGCUAGCUAAAUAUAGCGGAAACAAAAGCGGGAUAGAAUCUGACUCGGGAUAGAAUCGGGAUAGAAUCUAACUCCUGACUUGGGCUGCGCAAACAGGAGCAGGAAAAGGUGUGGGCGAACCAACCUGACUCGUAUGCGAUAUUGUUUUCUUGCGUGAACCUGGUAAACCUGGACUCUGUUUUUUUGUAUGUAUAUUUUGUGUGUGAACUGGACUCCUGUGUUUUUUGUGCGUGAACCUGGACUACUGUGUUUCUGUGCGUGAACAUGGUGAACAUGGAUUCCUGUGGUUUUUUUCUUUUGUAUAUAAAAAACCGGGCCCAUCAGAAUCAACGGUUGGAAAAAAACCGGGCCCACAAAAAAAUUGGACGCGGUGGGGAAUAUCCGGGCCCACCAAAAAACAAUCGGACAAAAAAAUCGGACAAAAACCACACGUAAAAAAACCGGAAUCUGAUAAAAACCGGCCAAAAAAACCGCGCGUGAGAAAAAUACCGCGUGUGAAAAAAAAUUGACGGACGAAAAAACCCUACCGAAAGCCUUACUUAUUUUUUUAAGUAGGUAUAUUUUAAGUAGGUAUAUAGAUUGAUUAAAUUUGAAGUAGUUUGAUUUUGACCAAAUUCAAAAUGAACUUAUAACGAAAAACGGAGGGAGUAUUCAAUUGCACAAGUAUGUAUACUGAUUGCUGCAUGCAAGCAUCCGACUGACACUCAUACGUACAGAGGAGAUAGAUAUCGGCAGGAGCUUGCCGUUGGGCGAAAUAUUAAGCUGGGCAGCAAUAUUGGUAUUGUUUCGAAAAAAAAAACAUUUUACUAGUGUGGCUGUGGGCUGUGGCCGAGGCCCGUACAGAACGGCCCAAGCGCCCGCCUGUGGCUGAGAUUUCUUAAACCCUAGACGUUCAGCAAUCUCAUACUCCCCCAAAGUAUGAGAUUUCUUCUCACUUCUCCGACCUUGCACCCGCCUCAGCUGAUCAGGACGAGGUACUCCUCCUUCCUUCCUCACAAAGUCACAAUUGUUUCCGAUCCAAAGUUUGAGUUUCGGUUGAUUGAAAGACGAUGAGCCUCCCGCGGCGGUUUCUGAAUCUGAUCGUGGAGAACGGGGCGGAUCCUGGCAUCAGAUCACUUAGCUGCAUCGACUUGACACGCUACCCACUCUUUCACCCACCGUUACCAACGGCAACAACAAUGGAAGCGUGCAGCAGCAGCAGCAUUAUUUCGCAGCAACAACAGACUGCUGAUGCCUUCAAUACGAAGAACAAACAUGCGGAUGGGGCAGCGUUUAUGGUGCAGGAGAAGUUCCAGCUUCCCGACCCAAUCUUCAGCUUCAAAGCUCAAGCGGCUGAUCCUGAUUACGGGUGGAAUAUCGACUGCUUCCCGCUUGCAGAUCGCAAGGUUGUCUGCGUGGACCAGUCUGGCCGCGCAUUCCUCUUCGACGCCGACACAGACCAGGUGGUGACAAUGCCAAGCCUCAACAAACCCAAGUGGAGGCCCUUCUCCCUCUUCGUCCCCGGCACGGACAACGACGGCGGCGAUGGUGAAGGCAACAGUCUCUACAUCAUGGAGAAAAGCCCCAAAUCAGAGGCGGGGUGUAGCGCGCGGUGCAUCGAUCAGUUCGAGGCCUUUGUCUACCGCAAGCCCACGGUGACAGCGUCGUUCAUGUCGUGGUACUGCCAGCUGCUCCCGCCACCGCCAUACGUCCGCGAUUACGCCUACAGCCAGAGACGCCAUCGAAUCACAUCCUAUGCCGUGGUUGCCGGCGAUGACGACGGUUCGUGGCGCAUCCUCGUAUCGGCUGAGGACGCAGGAACCUACUGUUUGGACGUGGCCAGCAACAUGUGGAGUCGAGUGGGCGAGUGGACGCUACCCUUCUUGGGCAAGGUCGAGUAUGUUCCCGAGCUCAAGCUCUGGUUUGGCCUCUCUGCCGAGGACCAGCUGUUGGCUGCUGCUGAUCUGUCAGCCAUGGAUUCCCAGCCAGAGCUAGUUAGCAGUUGGAAGGAACUUGAACAAAACAGGGUAUGGCAGGUAACACAGGAUCCUCAACUUGUUAACCUGGGCUCAGGCAGGUUCUGCAUCGCAAGGUUCAUUGAAAAACUGGAGUUGGGUGGCGAUUUUGACAAUAAAUUGACUUGGCAGGAUUUUGUAAUCUUGACCGGUGUGGAGGUAACCAAGGUUGUGAAUCACGGCAAUUGCAGCGGAAACAGAAAUGGGAGAGUGGAGCUUCAAAUGACCACGCACAAGUCGCGAUUUCACUUGGCUAAUGGGGCUUACAUUGAUGCUGUGUUCUGAAUAAUGUUGGGGUUUUGUUUUCAAGACUCCCUGUUCUAUCCGUUAGGUGUAUCAUCAGAAUAUUUUUGCGAUUUGAUUGUCAGAAACAACUAUAUUAUUGUGACUUAAUUGUCAUAAACAACUCAGAAUCAUGUAGAUUUCGGACUUGGA